AUGCCUCAGUAAACGCUAUUCAGAACAUUCACACUCAUACGCCUAGAUAAGCCUGAAAAAGUUGUAAAUUUUAAUACGGAAAGCGCACCAGUCUACAAAACUUCGAAGUGUUAUCUUAGUCUUAUAGUUCCUGCUUACAACGAAGAGAGAAGAAUUGAAGCAAUGCUUGUAGAACACAUUCAAUAUUUUGAACGCAAAAAAGUGACUGAAAAUUUUAAAUAUGAAGUCAUUGUUGUAGAUGAUGGAAGCCGAGAUCAUACGUAAUUCACAGUCAGAAUUUCUGUUGUACUUGAUAUCGCCAAAAAACUAAAAGUCCCGAUCAAAAUUCUUAAAUGUGGAGUCAAUGGAGGAAAAGGCUCAGCAGUCAGACUUGGCAUGCUAAUUGCAAGAGGAGAUUAUUUAUUAUUUGCUGAUGCUGAUAACGCAACUAAAAUACAAGGUUACGAAAGGGUUGAAAAAGAACUGCUGAAAAUUAGCAAAGCAGGACUAGGAAUUGCUGUAGGUUCAAGGAAUGAUUUAAAUAAAGACAUGCAAAUCAAAAGAAGCAAACUAAACUCCCCCCUCCGUGAGUGAAAAAAAAAAAAUUUUCACAGGGGGGUUAAUUUGUUUUUUAAAAAAUUAAUAUAGAAGUUUCCUAUGUUUGGCGCUGUAAGGCCGAUAAAUUCUGAUCGGAAUUUAUCGAUUGGUUGCACCAAAUCAAUGCCUUGGUCGGACCAAAAAGCGAUUUUGGUCGACGAACUUGGAAAGCUCCUGGGAAAAUGUCUGCGCUUUCAGCGCUAUAUAGAGGAAACCUCUAUAUAUGAAUUUUAUAGAAAUUUUUUUUUUUUCGAAAUUUUAAAAAAUUCUAAUUCGCAAAAUUGGAAAGCAAAUAUUAAUUUAUUUUAUAAAAUUUAUGUUUUAAAAAGCAAUUUGUUUAAAAUUAAACAGAAUUAGCUCGAGAUUUCAUUAUAAUAAUUAUCACUUAUAUAGCAAUUUUUUUUUCAUAAAAAAUUUUUGUUCACUCACGGAGAGUGAGUUUUUGGGCAAAAAAUAGGGAUUUUUCCAAUGGUUUUGUUCACUCACGGAGGGGGGGAGUAAGGGAUUUUUUGAAUUGGGGAUUUACUACUGGAGUCAGAAUUUUAUGCUGGACACGUAUCAGAGUAAGAAUAACAUAGGAUACACAGUGCGGAUUCAAAAUGUUUACUAAAAAUGCUGCACAAUUACUUUUUAGAGCUCAGCACUUAGAAAGAUGGGCAUUUGACGUAGAAUUAAUAUACUUAGCUGGAAGAAAUAGAAUCCCUAUCGUAGAAGUUCCUGUUGAUUGGGAAGAAAUGGCUGGAAGUAAACUAAAUGUAUUGAAAGAUUCGAUUUUAAUGGCAAGAGAUAUACUACUGGUUAGGAUACUUUAUUUGCUUGGUAUUUGGAAAACUACAGAUGUUUCAAUGUAAGUUCUAUACAGACCUGGAACGCAUGUUGUAGGAGAUGCUUAA